AUAUUAUAUAUCUACUACUUUCAGAGAUGGGUCGGAGGGGUCCGGAGUGCACUGUAUGUGAAAGCCAAAAUUAUAUUCUUAGAAAUGGAUUUUACUUUUGCACAAUGUGUCAAACACAGUCUCAGGAGCUGGGGGCUGAGAUGGUUAUUGAUGAAGAUGGUAUGUAUGCUAUGGGAAUGAUAUUUGUAUACCAGGAGCUGGGGGCUGAGAUGGUUAUUGAUGAAGAUGGUAUGUAUGCUAUGGGAAUGAUAUUUGUAUACCAGGAGCUGGGGGCUGAGAUGGUUAUUGAUGAAGAUGGUAUGUAUGCUAUGGGAAUGAUGAACAAGACACUCAGAAUUGGAGAAAAGGAACCAAAUUCCAAGACGAGAAAAACCGCAGAGGUUGACCGUUGGAGUACUGCUGAAGGGUUGACCCAUAUUUUGGCCCAUUGGGUUGACCAGCUGGAGAGCUACGGGUUUAAGAAUAUUCGGCAGCCGGCGCUCGAUGUUUGGUCCCGAUAUCUCAAAAGCCUCGGCGUUGCCUUUCUCCCUCCAAAAGGUGAAAUGAAUGAGGAUAGAAGAUCUGUGUCCACCAUGAACUAUCGAGAUAAAUGGCUGUUUUUUGGUGGUCCUGCAAACCUUGUCGAACCUAGAGUCAUCUCAAGGAAUUUGAAGCGGAAAGGAGAUCAGGUUGAUCAUGAAUAUAAUGAUGAUGAUGAUGAUGACGAUUAUGAAGGAUUAACGGAAAGACAAAUAUUUAAACAAAGGGACAAGAAACGUCGAGCUUUCUACAAGUCCUUUUCGGCGAGCUUUGUCGCUGGCGACACACCGUCAAAACUGUCUACAGAAAAAAAUGAAAGAAAACGGAAAGAACUGGAAGAUUUGGAAGAGCACGAAGAGCAUACCGAGAAUGAAGAGCAUGAGGGGCAUGCAGAACAUGAAGGACAUGAAGUGCCCAAUGAGCAAGAUGAUGACAAAGAAGAGGAGGAUUAUGAAAACCACGAAGAACGGAUUGAACCAGAACAUCAGAAAAAAGAGGAAUAUACUGUAAAGGAUUCCGUUCAGGAAGAACAAGAGGAGGAUAUACAAAAUGAUCAAGAAGAACACCAAGACCAAGAACUGGAAUACGAGGACCAAGAGGAAGAAAAUCAGCAAAGUGUGAAUGACUCUCUAUUCUCUGACGGGUCCGGACGGAGUAAUUACGAACUCCUGUCGGACCUGGAGUCCCUCGUGAGCAGGAGUAGUCUGGAGUACUCCGGAACCGACAAAUUAGAAACCUGGAUUCAUCUAAGCCUGGAGAACUUAAAAGCUGUUCUGGUUUUAGCUGCUACUUGCGUCCCAGGAACUGAUUUAAACACGUCUGAUAUAGCCUACAUGUUUAGUAGUGAGAUGCUUAUUAAUAGUACAUCACUUCAGGCUCUACCAGAAUCUUACAAGCUUAUGGCAUCAGAGAGAAGGUUUUAUUCAGGAUUCAAAUCGGGGAUUGUAUUUGAGAAGGAGGAGAACUUAAGAUCCAAAGCUUUGAAGCUUGCUUCUUUCGUCGGUUUAACGAACAAUAAAAGACUUGUUCUGUCUACACACGACUGUACGCGGAGUACCUUGGAUCGAUAUGUGGAAGACCUAAGCCUACCAGAAUAUAUAUCAACAGAGAUCAUCAGAAUAUUCUCAAAAUGUGAUUUACUUAGCCUAACCUGCCGUGUUCCUGCUUACUCCUGUACUAAUCCAACAUGGAUAGACUGCGCCCUUCCAUCCGUCUCCGCCAGAAUCCUUGCCCUCAUCCUGGUAACUUUAAAGUUCUACUGUGGGUUAGACGGACAACAGGAGUAUAUUCACGACCACAACGCCAAAACCCUGAAUAAGAAGUUGGUCGGGGAGGACAGGAAAUUCUUCAAUGUAUUAGACUGGAUUAGAAAAUCAAAACUAAGAUUAGAUUACUUGACGGCUGACGAUUUUGUUAUGAGAGAACAAUUUAGAUCGAUGAAAGGACCCGGAACUCCUGCUCCAACCCUGAGAUCUAUGGAUGAGAGUAGAACUGUUCUAGAGAAUACAGCUCGCAAACAACAUAACACAAAAUCAAAUGUAUUUGAUGGUUUGAAAUAUGUUGUAACUGUUCUGGGAGCCGAACCUUUAGCACAAAAAGAGAAAAUGAAAACCCUGCAACCGUUGAAGGAGAAGACGGCCGCACUUAUCCACGAAACUAAGAACAAGAGAUUGGCCUCUAGUCUGAAUGACCUAAUGGCUAUGACCUCCGAGGAUAUGUCAAUAUAUUGCAAGGUUUGUGGAUUUUUUAAAGUGUACAAAACUUUAUGUGUAUACCAAUACCGUCUUUAUAUUGGUUAAUAGUUUUCAAUAAUA